UGAAUUUCAGUAUGAACGCGCUGAUCCGAUCGGAAUGAACGCCACAUUAACUAUCGCGUUGCUCGCCAGUCUGCUUGCUAUAUGUUCCUAUUCUGGAUCGGCGAGUUAUCUUCACGAGCAAUGCGGUCUUAUGCGAGGUGAGCUUUCAACAUCUUUGGGCCCCUGGACAGCUCUAUUGCACGAGGAUGGAAGUAUCUUUUGCGCCGGAACACUGAUAACUGAUGUUUUCAUACUGACUGCAGCAAGCUGUAUUAGACCAAGUGCCGUUAAAGUUCGCUUGGGAGAGUUUGGCAGGUUUCCCGAUGAAUUGGCAGAAGAUCACUUGGUGCACUUUUCUCUGAGGUACCGACUUUUCAACAAUGACUCGCUAGCCAAUAACAUCGGUCUACUGAAACUAACCGAAAGAGUGCAGAUUAAAGGCUACAUUAUGCCGGUUUGCAUUAUUAUUAACCCGCAGCAGAAGGUAUCGACUAGUCGAUUCUUCGGAAAUGCCUGGAAGCAAGACAGCAAUGUGUCCUUAACCAAGGAGUUCGGACCCAUUCUCAUCCAGAGUAAGCCGGAGAUGUGCAUUAACCUUGACUUGUACACCCAGUUUUGUGCUGGCCACCCGGGCAAUUUGAGGUCCUGCGACGGCCUCGCCGGUUCGCCACUGAUCCAGAGUUCUAGGUAUCUGUUCAAAACUCUGAUUGUUCAGUUCGGCAUCGCGACUGUGAACGAUAUGGGUUGCAAGGAGUCACAGGCUUAUACCGAUGUCUUGAAAUUCUACUGGUGGAUCCAGGAUGUGGUGUCAGUGUUCAAUCAUUAUUCAACUAAUCAGAGCUAUGUUGUAGAUGAUUAUAUUAAUGAAGACUUCUGAUUUCGGGACGAAAACAGAAACUUUCUAUUAUUUUUCGAUUUUUUUUAAUGCCACUAUGUAUGUAUACUAAAGCUAUUAAACUGAACU